AUGAGUGACACCAAGGCUCCCGAAACUCCUGCCAAGGUCGACACCAAGGCCACCGAGGCCAAGGAGACCACCAAGCCCGCUCCGGCGACGUCCGAGUCGAAAAAGCCCGCUGACGACGACGAUCUUGACGAUUUGGAUGACAUGUUGGACGAGUUCGCCGACGACGUUCUCAGCAAGCCGCCGGGGCUGGCGGUGGACCUGGCGUCGCAAAUUGGCACCACCACCGACGCCCAAUCCGAUGCUGGCAUUGACAAGCAGGCCGGGAUCGCCGAGAUCCUCAAGGACAUGCAAAUCGACGACCCCGAGACCCAGGCGGAGUUCGCCAAGUUGGUGGAACAGUUUGACACCAAGUUCAAGGACGACGUGGUGAAGGCUGAGCUGAAUCCCAACAACUUCGAACACGUGAUGCAAGAAACCAUGGAAAGAUUGAAAAAGCUGGGGGAGAGUGUCGACGAAAAGAUCAAGAACGACCCCAUGGCCAACGACCCUGAGGCGCUUUUGACUCAAUUGCUCUCGGGGAUGGGCGACGGCGACAUGGACAUGCAGAAGUUGUUGGUGGACAUGUUGGAACAGUUGUCGCUGAAGGAGGUGUUGUACGAACCCAUCAAGGACUUGAACACCAAGUUCCCGGACUACUUGAAGGAAAACAAGGGCAAGUUGAACGAAGACAAGUACAUUGUGUACGAAAAGCAGUACCAGUUGACCAACGAGAUCAUGGCGGUGUUCGAUGCCCCCGGCUACGACGACAACAACAAGGAAACGAGAGAAAAAGUCAAUCUGUUAUUGGAACUGUUGCAAGAGUUGGGCCAGCCUCCGGAAGAGUUGGUCGGCGACAUUGCUGACUUCCCCGGUUUCGGCGGCAUGGGCGGUCCUGGCGACAACAUCGACUUUGACCCCAACGACUUGCCUGCCGACGUCUCCAAGCAAAUGGAGGAAUGUAAGCAACAGUGA